AUGGCACAGCCUCACUACUUCUUCAUCCAGAACCCCGAUGGCAGCCGCACCCAGCACUUUGGCGUGCCACCUUCAGAGUACCAGCAGGUCUCCAGCGCGCCCAUGAACAUGCAGCAGCCGAUGCAGCCCAUGCAGCAGUACGGCGGGUAUGCUGGCUCUCCUUCUCCUUAUGGAGGUGCUCCCGCAAUGGCUGCUGCUCCCUAUGGCAGCUACCCUCAAGGCGGUUUGCCACAGGCACAGUCCAUGGUGGCCACCCCGCAGAUGCAAUUCGGACAGCCAGCAGCCACGGUUGGCACAGGUCAUUCAGGAGUUGCGAAUGAGACCAGCAUCAGAGGCGAGCUGCUCCUGGAGUCUCCCGGCGCGGCAGCAGAGGAGGAUCUGAUCCCCAGCCUGGUGCAGCCUCUUCUGGCUCGUUUGGACGAGCACUUUGGCAGCGAAUGUAGGAAGGUCUGGGAUGGUGGCAAGAAGGACAAGUUGGAUUGGAAGUGCCUGGUCAAGCUGAGCAGGCCUGGCUGGUGGUUGGUCCACGUCUGGCUCUACCUGGCCCCCACAGGUCAAAAGUACCACCUGCUGUCGACCUUGUCCUUUUGGCUGGGUCUCGCUUAUGUGCUCUUUCCGCUGAACCUUCUCGUCUAUGGCCUGAAUGACUACACAGACGUUGAUUUGGAUGCGAAGAACGACCGCAAGGGCAACUUUAUGUACGGCGCCAAAUGCAGUGCUGAGCAGCUGCGGGACUUGCCAAGGAUUAUCGUCAUCCUGAACGUCCUGCCCAUUGUUGUGCUGGCAGUCGUGAGCGGUCAGUGGCUAGCUCUCUCCAUUUGGCUGCCAGUUUGCUUUGCCGUCAACAUGGCAUACAACCUGGAGCCCUUGCGACUUAGCUCCAAGGGCCCGUUUGAGCUGCCAUGCGUGGUCUUUGGCUUCGCAGGUGUCACUGCGUUAGCAAGCAUUGUGAACAACCUUGCCUGGGCGCCCUUUGGCUACUGGGCCCACAUGAGCUGCCUAGUGCUGCGAACGCAAAUUUGGACAGAGUUCCUGGACUAUGACCCGGACUCUGCGUGUGGCCGGCGGACAACCUCCACACUGCUGGGCAAGGACCUCUCAAAGGCAUUGGUUGUAGCCCUGUUGGCGCUCGAGGGCCUGGUCACUUGGUAUUUCUUUGAGGAUUUCUUGAUGAGGCUCUUUAGCAUCUCAGGAAUGGUGGCCUUUGUUGCCUUGGAGAUCAUUAGAGGCACGGAUGACAAGGCAAGGCUAUGCUGCACUUGGAUGGACUACGCUUUGGAUUGUGAGCUGCCAAUGGCUCAGCUUUGA